GAUGGCCUGCAAGCAAACGCCUAGCACCCAGUGAAGCCAAUACUCUGGAUACUUGUAUUAUACCUUAUCCUAGUACAUCUGUCAUGCUGAAUAUUGCUCAAUCACUUAAUGGCAUUCAUACUUUCAAAAGUUCAUUCAAAUUCAUAUUUUAUGCAUCACCUCCUGAAAUGAAACGAUACUAUAUUGCAGAGGAUGGCAGUGCUGUGGUAAUAGCAUUUGAUCGACCAGUCAAUAUAUGUAAUUUAAGUGACUGCUCUCAAAUUUUAAAUUCGGAAACAUUGAAUAGACUUGGAGAAGGAGCCACCUGUCAAUGGGCUACUAAACAACAGCUCAUAAUUACUGUUCAAAAUCCUAUUAAAGAUAAUUCUUUCAGGGUUACUUUUAAAAAAAGUGUGCUGAAACAAGAUGGUCAAGCAUAUGCUUUGACUAAAAAUGAUAGCUUAACCAUUGAUGCUUGGUAUCCUCAACCAAUUAGCAGUGGACAGAUUGCUAUAAGUGGUCCGUCUACUGUAUCAUAUUGUGGUACAUUUUCCUUAGUGGGGCAUUUCACUUCCCCGAAGGGAGAUGCAGCAUUUUACUGGACUGCAUACAGGGAAGAACGCACUCUACAGCGUGUUGAGAAACCAGUUGCUGAUGCUUUGCUUGAAAUCAGAUCAGCAACUCUCACUCUAGAUGCUUCACUGUUAGAGGUAAAUAUGAGUUACAUAUUUGUCUUGACUGCUGAGCACCCAGGAAAUGAAAAAUAUCAAGCUCAGCACAGAGUUACUUGCUUGCCUUACAUUGGACCUCUUGUAACUGCAUUUUCUGAUGUUAUGACUCAAGGCUCUGUUUCUGUUGAUCAAAGAAUUACCUUAGAAGCAGAGGUUUCUCUGCCUGAAUGUAGUACAACUACAGAGUUCCUAAACUUAAUGUGGUCUGUAUCAAAUCCUGAAGUGAAAUUCAAUUUUAAAAGCAAAAAGUCACAAGUUUAUGUUAUAGAGCCCUAUUCUCUUCCAGAAAAUUCUGAAGUGUUCUUUGCUGCACAAGCCUAUUUUGGUAAUCUGAUGAAUGUGACAUAUUCUCAAAUAAAACUCCGAGUUGACCCGCUCAAACUGAGAUCUGGAAUUAAAGGCACUAUGAAAAGAAUGGUUGGAAACAAAGUUGGCACUUUAUUGUUAGAAAGUGAAGCAUUAAAUAAAGGUGUUCAAGUAGUUUAUCAAUGGAGAUGCAAGGACGAGGAUGGGUUAAUUUGUUAUAACUAUAAAGAAAAUUCAAGUGAACCUUUGCUCUUUCCAAUCAGCAAACUAAGUGAAAGAAGUAGAAGUAGAAAAUUAGAAAUACCUUGUGUCAACUUAAAAGCUGGUAAAGAUUUGAAAUUUGAAUUGCAAGUAUUUAAUUCCAAUAAUCGAUACCAAUACAGCCCUACUGCUUACACCAUUGUGAGUGUGGUAGACCAAGAUAUACCUCAGGUUCUUAUAGAAUCUGUCCUUGAAGGUGGUUCAAAUCGUGUACAACGACAUCCUUCUACUGGAGCUUAUGAUAUUCCUGCUGGUUUGCGGGUCACUAUUCAAGCUUCUAUUACAUCUGGGAAAUCAAAAGUGGAUUCCAUAAAAUGGGACAUUAAAGGUUUUUCAUCAGCAUACACUGAAACAACUAAAAAUGGAAAAUCAAUCCUUUCUCUUGAAGAAGGUUUUCUAGUGGGACAUGGUGUAUAUCUUAUUGGGUUAAAUGCUUGUUAUAAAAAUGGAGCCUGUGGCAGUGCUAAUUUGAUAAUCCAUGCUGUUCCUGGAGUUUCUUUGUGCAAACUUACAGCACAGCCAUAUGUUGAAUAUGAAAUGGCGAAUAUAGAAAUAGCUGGUUGCUCGAUUCCAAGUGGAAGACAGCCUGUUACUUACCAGUUAUUUGUUUAUUCUGAAGCAUCUGAGUUUCCUUUCACUGCUCCACAAACAUCCACUAUUUUCAAUGUGAUUGGACCACCAAAGCAAAGUUCUAACGGCACCAAAAUGUCUGUCUCUGUUUGUGACAAAUAUAUGCUUUGCAAACUUUAUUCUGGUCCAUUUAUCAAAGUAACAGAAAAUGUGAAUAGAGAGGAAGCCCGAAAUAAAUUGAUCGAAAAAGCAAAACUUGCUAUCGAUAAUCGUAACCUUUUCCCAGCACUCUCCAUGUUUCUCACUGCAUCAACAGAUCAAAGCAUUCCUCUCUCAGAGGAGGAAAUUACGCGCAUGUUAGAUGCUGCAGCUUAUGUAUCUAAAAACAGGUACAUUGAUGCCGGUCAGUUAUCAUUGAUUUAUAGCUUUACCAAGCCUCUUUUAAGACAAAGUGACAACACUGUGAAAUUAAAAGCAUUGGAUGUUAUUAAAAGAGCCACAACUCUUGCUUUUGCUUACAAGGCCAAAAUACCAACAUCCAUAUUGUCAGAAGGUUAUUCAAAUGGAAUGGAAGCCCUCCAGUGUAAAAAUGCCAAUUCUGCUGUUUCAGAAAAAGUCAAGAAACUGGAACACUUUUUCAUUGAUAAGAUUAGUGUGAGUGCACCUAUGGGAAGUAAAACAUUACUUUCUUCGCCUUACUCAAAUUAUCCAGCAACGUUGAUAUUCAAACAAUUGCCUGAUCGCAACCCUAUUUACAUUAAAGCGAUGGGUAGAAAUGGCAUGGUGGAAGGAUCUGUGAGAUUUGAAGAUGCUGCAAUAGAAGUAAUGCAGAAUAGGUGCAAGAAAAAGCCUAAAUGUGAAGGCAUUGUUGUUGCCAUGACGUUGUACCCUGCGGAUGCCCCUUACUCUUCAUCACUGAAACGGGCAUCGCCUGUGCUAGAUGUUACCCUGCGAAAACCAGAAGAUGGUUCUAAAUUUGACUUAGUUGAUGUGGAGAAUGCUGUUAAAUUAGGAAUUACUCAUGUUGGAAAUUCAUCAGCGGCCCAAGCAAAGGGAUUUACUUACAGGUGUGCAUACUAUGAUUUCAAUCAAGGUGAUUGGUCAGUUGAUGGAGUGGUCACUUAUGGUCCGAAUGCUAACAUGAUGAGAUGUUGGGCAUCUCACCUUACACCAUUUACAGUUGUCGAGUAUUAUAAUGGACUUUCAACUGGCUCUAUUGUGGGAAUUGUAGUGACUGUUUUGAUGGGAAUCUUCAUCAUCAUGAUGUUUGCCUUCUUUUUCUUCCGAAAGAAACAAGCGACUAAUGUUAGAGUUUCCAAUGAAGCGUUACAACCAAAAAGACCCUCUGAAAAACUACAAGGCAUGAAUGGUUCAGUUGUGCGUGUAAAAACGAUGACACCUUAAUCAGAUAAUAAAGCAGCAUAACUGGCCGUUCAGACAAUUCAUGAAGCAGUGGGAAUGGCAUUCCAGACAAUUUAUAAAAUAAUGAGGAUCAUAGUCAAGAUAAUUUAAGAUAUUGUGCCUUUCAUCAAAAAUUCAAUUGGAUUUUUAAAAAUUUGAGCAAAAAUAUCUAACAUAUAUCUUAAAAUCAUUUGUUGUCAUAUCACCACCAUUGAAAUCAUAGUCAUUUAUUGAAUUACUAUUUAUUUGCCAUGUCCUGCUGAGAAUCCAAUCUAAUUACCAUUGAUGUUUUUGCAAGUUGAGAGGAAUUUAAAAUAAUUGUAUUUCUUCAAAGUGGUAAAAUUCAUAACAUUAAUAUUUUGUAAAGAUUGGCUUGAAAUUUUACUCACACGUGUAAAUUGAUGCAUCAAAUCGGAAGAAAAUUAACUUUUCUUUAAGAAAUUUUCGAAUUUCUUAUUUAAAAACUCUGACUGUAACUGCUAUCAAUGCUCAUGAAUAUUUUAAGUAACACAAACUGAAGUGUUCUUCUGUAAUUAAGAAUUCCAUAAAAGCUUUGUAAAUUUUCUGUCCAGCUUUGUUCAUAAGAUUUAGUAAUUUAUACUUUGAACAUCUCAUUUUUUCCACUUCACAUUUUUAUAUAUCACUUUGAUUAUUGUUUUUAAAAGUUUCAGAAUUUUUGAAACUGUUUUUGAGCUGCACAACAUUCAGAAUUGCUAUAUAUAGCUAUUCAAAUGAAGGAUUUCUAUGUGUAAAUAUAUGCACUUUUCAAAAGAUGUAUGCAAAUUGUGCCAUCAUAAAACAUUUAUUACUUAAAAACUUACACCUUCAUCAUUAUAAAUUUAUUUAAUAAGUGAAAAAUCAAAACUGUCAUACAUGUAGUGCUAGCACGGCAUUUGCCCAGAAACCCCAUAUGUAUAGUAUAUGAAGAAGAAAAAACUUAGUAUACAUUAAAAUUUCCUUUUUAGAAAGUAAGUUUAUUUCUAGUAUUUAAACUUGUAAACCUUGAUUUCUUAUAUUAAACUAAACUAAACUCAGUGGCGCGACAGCCCAUAAAGGGCCAAGGCCUGUGACCAUCUCAGUUUUCUUGACCUUGAACUUUGGGGUAUAGGAGCAGAUGUUCCAGUCAGGUGGUCAGCUGAACGCGGAACCCGCAGUGUUUAGUUCCCAAGCAUGCUUGGUACUCAUUUAUUGACCCACUGAAGGGCUGAAUCAACCUUGCCCGGCCCGAGGAUCGAACCAGGGACUGUGACAGCGCGAAGCGCUACCACUCAGCCACCGUGCGUCAUGAUAUCUUAUAUAAUAUUGAUAAAAUUGAAAAGAAUGCAGUAAUAUCCAUACUUCUAAGGGCCCCUUGCAAAAAUCCUUCAUAAAAAAUCAAAAUUAUUAAAAAAGAAAAUAAGAUUUUUUCAGCAAUCCAUUGAUGAUUAUUUUGCUUGUUUCCAAGGGCCCUUAUUCCAGUACAGAUGAAGUGAUCCUAUAAAAUAUUUUUUUAAAAAGCUACCGAAAAAAAAUUUAUUUUUUCAAGAAUUAAACUCAAAAAAGGACAAGAAAUGAUAUGCGAAACUUUGGGGUCCUAAGCGAUUAAUUUUCCUAGAGGCUCUGCUGGAGGUGAAUGUUUCAAGGGCCCGGCGAAGUACAGCUAUGUUUCUCUGAAGAAUUACCAAAAAUGAACUCGAGAAUGAUUGAAGAUCCUUGUAAACUUAUGAUAUAAAACCGUGUAACAUUUUCUUUUCUUACUUACAUUUAUAUUGUUGCAAAAAUAUUGGGAUCUUAUUAUAUUAUUCAUUAUUUAAAUUUUGUUACUUAUCUUCAAAGUUUGUUUGAUCAUAAAUGGAACUUUAAUACACUAUCUACCAUCUCAAAUACUUUUAUCUGCUUCUUGUACUUGUAAAUUACAAAUCAGACUACUUUCUUAGUAUAAUCAAUCAUAUGCAUCACUCAAUACUUACUCAAAAGUGUUUUUAAAAAAAAUAAUCAAUUAAAACCAAUCUCGCUGGAUCUUACUAUGUGUAUAUUUAAUUCAAUCAAUAGAAAAUAUUAUUUAUACCAAAAAAAUUAUCUAAAAAUCACAUCAUGAAAAAAAAAAAGUAAAGAAAGAAUUGUGAUCUAAAGAAGAAUUUAAAAGAAUAAAGAAUUAUAUGCAUAUUGUUCUAUGCUUCUUAGUGUAAAUAUGUAGAUUAAUUAUUUUCUAAGUUCUUUAUGUAAAUGUGUAAAGUAUAUGAUUACUGUUACUUAUAUUUUUUAUUUAAAAAACCAUGUAAACUGCAUUCCAAUUCAGAACUUUACGAGCAUCAAACUAAACAAGAGAACUGGAAAAGACGAUUCACAAAACUUUUAAAUUUCCUUUGUCUAUCAUAAAAGUUUGCCUUAGUACCUGUCAUUUAUUUUAUUGCUGUACAAUGAAACAUUUUAUAUUUGCAAAAGAUACAUUGUUUUCAAAUUUUACUCAUCAUUUUAAAAAACUUUUUCAAAAUAAUUUUUUUAAGCACAAUCUAUUCCCAUAUACAUGUAUAUAUUUCCAUUAUGAAAAUCUUAAGUAUAAAUUUGUGUCCUUUUCAUAUAAAAAAUAUAAACUGUUUAUAAAAAAUUACAAUGAGUA